UUUUGUCAAUAUUAGAAAUUAACAAUAAUAAUAUUAGCCAAAUAAAAUUACAAUUUUGUAAUUUGCGAAACUUUUUUUUUAUUUUUAAAAUUGCAUUUAUUUUUGUAAAAAUACAUAUCCUUUGUCUUUUGACAUAAUUAUGUAUGUCUAUUUGUUAGCGCUAAUGUUGUUUCACAGAGGAGGAAGGAAUACCCGAUAUUGUGUUGAGCCUAGAGAGUGAGAGUUACAAUAGUCUUGUUUUCGACUAAGAUAUCUAAUGAAUACAAGUUCUUUUGAACUCAGAGAAAAGGCAACUCACUUGAGGUUAUGCAGUCUAAGAUGGAUGUUUGGUAACUAGCUGCGGCUGAAACCUACCCAGCAGUCCACACUUUGACAUGCUAACAGUAUUCACUAACUGGUCUAUUAGCCACGUAAUAUAAUUAACAUCAAAUCAAUAACAACCGCAUUUUUCACAUUCUGUAAAGACUUUAGCAGGGCAAUUCACAAACUUUGACGUAUGCUAGUUAAGAUAGAUACGAAAUUCACCAUUGUGAUUUUGUAAAAACUUACGGAAUACGAAAAAUGUGGCUGUUAUUGAUUUGAUGUUAAUUCUCUUAUGUAGCUAACUUACGUCAAAGUUAGUGAAUUGACUGGCGUAGAGGUACAUACACCUCCAUAGAUAGUAACUCGUAUUAUAUAUAAACCUUUGAUAAGGUAAGUUAAAAAAGCCGAAAGUGUCUCAGUUUACGCCGUAUGCAAGUACAAGUAGGCAAUACAGUUGGACUAUGGUGGCUUUGUUAGGUAGCAGGGUUGAAUUUUCUGAAAGAUACACUGGAAUCGAGUUAAAUAAAAGCAUUACUUUUACAAACCAAGGGGGGUCGAACCCAUGCCCUCUGGAUGUCGAGUCCAGCCCCUUUAAUUUCUGGCUGGCUUCGAUUCGAGGUUUUAUAUAAACGUCAGCGGUAAGGCCAGCCGCAUACAUUCGUUUUCCCAACGCAUGAUUUCGAUUUGGAAUUCCGUGAGAUUAUCGCAGAUUUUACGUUUUUCUUCAUUUGGAAUGUAUAUUGUCGCAAGGGCUCGCAUUUAUUAUAUUCGCGCGGAAUUUGUUCCGUUCGGUAAAAAACGUACGCGUCAUUUAAUAUAUUUUUAGCAGAAGGUUCAAAAGUGGAUUUAAAAAAUAAGAAAACCAAUGUUGACCAAAGGUUUCACAAUAUUUGUCCGGAAAACUUAAUUAACAAACCAAACUGUAACCAAAAAAAGACCCUAGAAUGGCAGAGAAUGACCUUGAGUGGAGUCACGCACUUGUGAACGUUGUGUGUAGGGUUAAAGGAUCCUUUGACUGUUAACAAACACUCCCCUUUUCCACUGAAGUCACAUCAAGAAAUGUGAACGGUUCGAACGCCACGAGCAUACUGAAGCCGACCGUACGGCGAGCGCCCUAUAUCGCAAGUAGUUCCCGCCAACUGAUCGCUAUCCCUCUCUAAAUCCCUACUUUUUACCAAAACAAGUCGCGCCACCUAGCGUCGGCACGAGCCAACACGAGAUCGAGCGACGUCAAAUCCGUCUCCGACUACUAUUUCCUACAAUAUUUUAUAUUGAUUUCAUGCAUUCGGUUUUCCGAACAAGUAAAACGAGUGUACGCGACCGGCCUUACGGAGUAAUUGAUAAAGAGAAGAAUAACAAAAAGUAAAUAGAUUUCAAAUGACUGGCAAACAAAAUCUGUCACUGCCAGAAAGUCGAGAGAAUUCUAUUUUCAAUUAUUCAAUCAUAGUGUCAAAUCCACAUCUGUCCGUGUUUAUUUGGAUAACAAAUUUGUAUAAAUUCCGAAUUUAAUAUUUAACUUUUAAUCUAUAGUAAAUGUUUACCAAAUGCUGAUGGAAAUAGUUUAAGUAAUUCUGAUGUACCGAGACCCUUUUGGUGACAUCCGAUGGAGUGUAAGACGAGUGAUAGUAAGAAAUUAUUUAAAGUUUUUGACGCAUCAAAACGCAAGCGGACCAGAAAAAAGCGCAUAGACGACAGCAAUUCUCUCGGCACGAAUGAAUCGACUGGCGUUGGUCAAGGUAACGGACGUCGUACGUCGUCAGCUAAAGCUAGUCUACAAGACCUGCCGCCAGCUGCCGACGGCGAUGGCCUUCAAGACGGUAUCAAUAGAGAAAGGGGCAGCAGUCCUUCGCUCAAUCGCUCGCCCGUCGAUAUGCAGCGAUCUCCUCGAUCGCCGCGCAGAAAUCGACGCACUGCACGAGAAGGGAUAUCGCUGGCACUAAAGUCCGGUUUAGUAUCUACGCCUCGAUCUAUGUCACCAGCCGCUCAGGACGGUGAAGACGCAAUUGAGUCCAUUCCACAAGAUCAAGACUCUUUCAUUUAUGCCUUUUUGGAGGAAGCUAUAAAAAGAGAUAAAAAGAAACAUCGACACUCGCGGCGACACGAGGAAUGCCGUCCUAACCAGAACCGGGAGACAUCCGUCACAAAAGACUGUCAGAAAAACCAUCGAAAACAUCGGGAUGAGCACAGAGAACGCGAAAAGGUAACAACAAAAGAAGAGCGUCCAAUGGUGGACCAACAAGCAGCACUUUUUGAAACUUUUGCUAAAUUUUGUGUUCAGAUGAAUGAGAAGACUGUACCAAAACAAAAUGCUCCGCAAGUUCCCCGAUCACACAGCCAUAAGUCGCUGCAAUGCGAAGUAGAGCAACCGGUACGACUCAGAAGUCGCGAACGUUCGAGAGACCGUCAUUCACCAUCGAAAAUUCGCAGCUAUGAGAACUUCCGUGAUAGACUACACAGUCGUGAGAAUAUCCCUGUCCCGCCCGAUGACAGAAAAGAAAGGUAUAUGUGUGGGCCUUACGAUAAACCACAACCAAGAUAUGCGAGCAAAGUCAACGUAAUGAGAAACCACGAAGAUGAGAGAUAUCGUGAAUUGCCACCCGAAAGAACAGCCACCAGGAGUUGUGUCAAUUCAAAAUAUUACGGGCCAAAUGAGCCAGAUCGAAGAAUCGAAAGAGAUUAUGACGACCGAAGGGAUCCGCGAAAGUAUGAAGACAGAAGACGUAUUUGCGAACAGAAAACUAGUCGAAGUUUUGAUAUGCGAAGGGAAGGAUAUGUUGAAGACGACUCAUAUUAUCGCAGGACAGCUAGGAGUGACGGGAUGAAGGAUAAGAUAGUGGAUGAUAGAGAUUACAGAGAUAGAAGAUGUUAUGACAGAAGUAAUAGAGACAAAUAUUUCGAUGAUAAAGAACGUCAGAGAAACUUCUCCAAUUUGCCUAGUAAAGACCAUCGUUCGAGGCGGAAUCUGGAUCGUUUGGAUCGAAUGUCGAUAGUGUCAAGAGAUGACGACUAUAAGGACCGAGAGAGAUAUUCUGAGAGGGAAAGAGAUUCAGGUCUCAGUGUAGCAGAUGGGGAAACUAGUACUUUGAGCGAAAGAAGCAACUGUUUGCGAGUAGUUAAGCAAGAAAUAUCUGAGCAACGGGAGGCAAUGGACAAAAUGAUGAAACUAUGGAAGGAAUUGAUGCGCUGUUUCAAAGAUAUCUCCCAAAACCCGAGUCGAGAUAAAUCUGCUAAUGAAACUGCGAACAACGUGCGAGAAUCGGCAGUAGAGCAGCUUCGCCUGUGGCGGGAGUGUAUGCGACGCUACGAGACAGUCGCGCGAGACGUCGGCGACACGGAUGCUAGACUUAUGGAGGAGAUCAACAAGCAGCGAUCAGAGAUGUCAGAGAUGGCGAACAUGUGGCAGGAGUGUCUGCAGCGAUAUCGCGACAUGAGCAACGAUUUCAACAAUCUCAAGCAGCAGUUGGCAACAUCCGAGAGCCCCGCGCGGCCGGCGGCGGCGCCCCCGACGUGUGUGGAGGGCGAGGGGCCGCUGGCGGCGCCCUACCGCAUGCCACACCACUACCCGCAAAUGCUUCAAAUGCCUCCCGUGUACGGCAACCAGUCGUCGCCGCUGCGGGGCCGCGCGUCCGCUCCCCCCGCGCCCCCCGCCUGGUGGUGGGGGGGCGAACCAGCGCACUCGCCGCGGAGACGCUCCUCGCCCGACUCGCACGUCUCGCGGGAGAGGCGCCACCGACAUAAGACUAGGGAGAGAGAUGAUUCGCGAUAUAAAGAAAAAUCAAAAUCAAACGGGACGCGAUCUGACCAUAGACACAGAAAGAGAUAAGAAUACAGUCUGCAAAAUUAUCUAUACAAUUAAGAUGUCACUAUUUUCAUAAAUUUUUGUUUUUUGUUACAAUCCGUGCUUAACAUUAAUGUAUUGUCUGUUGUUUUGUAAGAGGUAAAGUUGUAACGUGUUUGAUAACAGUUUAUUUUGUGUACUUUUGUCUUAAUAUAUUAUGAAAUGUUCAAA